UUGACGGAGUCGGCACUGGAUAAAUAGCGUUUGUCGGUUAACCAAAUUGACACAAUGAAAGUGGACUGCCAGCACCGUAUACAAAAUAAACGCCUCAGUAUACAACGCAAGGCAACAGCCACUCCCAGAUGUCUGUAAUGCCUUAUUGUAGCUGCUUGCUCCAUCUACAGUACACCAAGGCAGUGACAAACCGGAGCGUCCCGGGGCCGUAACGAGUGCACCCAUUGUUAUUUUUUAGCGGCUAUUACACAUUGGCCGAUUGUUGGCUACCAUAAUAGCUUGCUAAUCAACUUUAACUGUGUGUAUCAACGAGCAAAUGUGGUUGAUAGUUGAUUAGAAACUAUACAAAGUGAAGAAAAUGAACAGUCGACUGCAAGAGAUUCGCGAGAAACAAAAACGUAGACGCGAGCUUUUAGCUCAACAGUUGGGAGCUGAAAGUGCAGACAGCAUCGGAGCUGUCCUAAACAGCAAAGAUGAACUAAAAGAAAUCGAGGAGACAAGAGAGACAUGCAGGGCUUCAUUUGACAGUUUAGCCGUACCUUCCAAAAGGAAGGCCCUGACGGAGGGAGAGGACACAGAGGAAGAUGUUGAAGAACCAAAGGAUGAGCCGGAGGUGCAGCAGCCGGAUGAAAACAACCCGUAUGAAGAAGUGUACAAGGACUCUAGUACUUUCCUCAAGGGUACUCAGAGUUUGAACCCACACAAUGACUACUGUCAGCACUUUGUGGACACAGGGCACCGGCCCCAAAACUUCAUUAGAGAUGUUGGCCUGGCUGACCGGUUUGAAGAAUACCCAAAGCUUCGGGAGCUUAUCAGACUGAAGGACGAACUCAUCUCAACCACCAACACUCCUCCCAUGUACCUCCAGGCUGAACCGGAGAACUUUGACCUGCAGGAUUUGAAGUGCAAGUUUGAUGUGAUUCUGGUUGAGCCCCCCCUAGAGGAAUACUACAGAGAAUCAGGCACCAGCCACACUGAACAGUUCUGGAACUGGGAUGAUAUCAUGAAACUGGAAAUUGAGGAGAUAUCAGAUCUUCGUUCCUUUGUCUUUCUCUGGUGUGGCUCUGGUGAAGGCCUGGACAUGGGCAGAAUGUGUUUGAGGAAGUGGGGCUUUAGGCGGUGUGAGGACAUCUGUUGGAUCAAGACCAAUAAGAACAACCCAGGCAAAACCAAGGCGCUGGACCCGAAGGCAGUAUUCCAGAGGACCAAGGAACACUGCCUGAUGGGAAUCAAAGGAACAGUGCGCAGGAGCACUGACGGUGACUUCAUCCAUGCGAAUGUGGACAUUGACUUGAUCAUCACUGAGGAGCCUGAGAUGGGAAAUGUUGAGAAGCCUGUGGAGAUCUUCCAUAUCAUUGAGCAUUUCUGUUUGGGCCGCAGAAGGUUGCACCUGUUUGGACGAGACUCAACCAUCAGGCCAGGCUGGCUGACUGUAGGUCCUACUUUGACAAACAGUAACUUUAACCCAGAGACCUACGCCUCACAUUUCGUCAAUGACAACCUAUCUGGCUGCACUGAGGAAAUAGAGAGGCUGCGACCUAAAUCUCCCCCUUCUAAGAUGAAGUCGGACCGUGGGGGCGGAGCAGCUAGAGGGGGACGUGGUGGGCCAAAUUCAGGAAGAGGCGGAGACAGGGGCCGUGAAAGAAACCGGCCAAAUUUCCGAGGAGACAGGGGAGGGUUCAGGGGUCGGGGAGGGCCACAUAGGGGCUUUCCUCCUCGCUAGAGCGAAUAAUUAACCAGACUUAUGGUGGGAAUCCCUAUGUGCAUAGAGUCCUGACCAUUUUUUAUUGGCCAACACUGACGAUGACCACAUUGAUGAUUGAUGAUCACACUGGUUCCCUCGAUAUAAAGCAAAGAGGGAUUUUUUUCAUUGGAUUUUGGCAAGAUAAUCUUCGCAAAUCAAGACCACCUUUAAAAACAUUAACAUUUGUAAAGCAGGCUAUUUGAAGUUUGUUAUGGUUGGAAUGUGACAGCAGAGAAGUUGGCAAAUGUAAUCAAUGUUUUUUUAAUCUUUUUGUGUUUAUAUUUUCUUCAUGCAAACACUUAAGAUAAAAUGUGUGUUGCCUUUAUAAACAUUCUUUUCAAAUGUU